AUGAGUACAAUCCAGCAAGCACCGGCGUUGCCACAAAGAAGCAACCGACGUGCAUCGCGCUUCCUCGAGCCUAUCAACCCCAAGACAGGCUUCCUCGACGAACAGCCGCCUCUCUCGCCCUCCCAUCCGCCGCAUGAGGUCUACCUCUCCUCAGAGGAAGAAGCUUCCUCGUCGGCGGACGACUUCUCCGACAAUGACCUUGACUCGGACACUGAGGUGGACCCUUUGACGCCUGUACGCAAAAGCCAGGAGGACACAGCUCGCGUGGUCAACUUUGUCUAUUGGGGCAAGCCAUCUAUUGUCGAACUUCCUCAGAGGUCGACCUCGCCGGAAACUAUAUACAGCACCUCUUCUCAGCCACGCAAAGUCCGACGCACGACCACAGAACCCAUCACGCCCACUCGACGCACAUCAUUCUCCUCCACACACUCGUCGAGUCGGUUCAGCACAGUGUCACGAUCGAGUACGGCUAUGGGCAGCAGCCCACUGAGGCACAAGCCAGCCUUCCUCAGCAUCGACCCUUGCCCUUCGCGGCCCGAGUCAGAACAGGCACAUGACCCUGACAGGCCUCGCACGCCCAGGGGAAGCAGCAACUCCAUGCUGAAGCGAACCUUGUCUCUGGCCCGCAAGCGCAGCAAGCCGCACUUGAACCAAGCCGCCACUCAGUCGUCCAAUGAUCUUCUCAUCCGCCCAGUCUCCGUGGAACCUUACAGUCAGACUCCCUCCCUCGAUCCAGAAGCUGCUUUGAAAGCCACCAGGAGGAGGACUGUCAUGGUUGAGCCACCACCCAUCCCAGAGGACGUUCCUACCAAGCCCGUUUCGUCAAAGCUCGCAAAGGGUCAUUCGCGACUACGCAACGGCCUAUCUAUUUCACUUGGGCGACGCAAGGCAUAG